GCGCGCGUAAUUUUGCGAGGCGACGGAAACUGACAUACUUACCGUGCGCCUGGUGAAGUAGCCCAAGCACGUGAAAUGGAGCACGGGAAAAAGAAACAGUUUUCGGGACCGAAACAUAAGGGAGAUUCUAAAAUAUCAAAGGGAAGCAAAGUCAAACAAAAUAAGAGGGUUCAGAAUAUGAAGUCAUUUGGAACCGAGAAGAAAGUCAAAAACUUUAAAAAGAACAUCAAGAGAAAACCAGUAAAACGUGGAGAAGAGGGGGAAGGGCAGGAAAAGUAUAAACCGAUGAAACCAGUGAAAAAAUUCCAAACGUUUAAAUCGGAUGGUAAAAGGAAACGAGUGCAGCAUGUGCAAGGAAAGAAUGGACCUGCCGCUAAGAAACAAAAACCCGAAACACCUGGAAAACGGCAAAGUCAAAAAAAGUACAACGAGCAAAAAGGUAAUAAUAUUACGGUCAGGGCGAAGCAGAUCUGGGAAGAUCUUAGAAGGAAAGACUGUGAUAAGCAAAAGCGUCUGAAGCUUCUGAGCGAACUACAGGGUCUGGUUCACGGAAAAAUUAAAAGCAUUGCCUUUGCACACGAUUCCACCCGCGUGCUGCAGUGCUUCAUUCAGUUUGGGAGUGACGAACAGAGGCAGGAGGUCUUGAAUGAGCUGAAGGAGCACCUAGUUGAGUUGAGCAAAUCGAAAUACGGGAGAAAUAUUGUUAAGAAGUUUUUGAUGUAUGGCAACAAACAGCAAGUGGCUGAGGUUUUCAAGAGUUUUAAAGGGCAAGUGAGAAAAAUGCUGCGGCACACGGAGGCGUCUUCUGUUGUAGAGUACGCCUAUAACGAUAAGGCCAUUCUCGAGCAGCGACUAAUGCUAACAGAAGAACUGUACGGGAAAACUUUCAGGUUUUGCAAGUCUGCGCUUUGUCCAACACUGGACAAGGUACUUGAAGCCAACCCUGGAAAAGAGACCAGUAUUAUGGAGGAAAUGAAACAGAUCCUUACUCCAAUGCUACAAAAGGAAGCAGUAAUAAAACACUCCUUGGUCCACAAGGUGUUUCUGGACUUCUUCAUGUAUGGGCCUGCCAAGGUCAAAACAGAAAUGAUUGAGGCUGCAAGAGAAGCUGUUAUAUACAUGGCCCACACGCAUGAUGGAGCUAGAGUGGCCAUGCACUGUGUGUGGCAUGGGACACCCAAGGAUCGAAAAGUUAUUGUGAAGACGAUGAAGACCUAUGUUGAAAAAAUUGCCACUGGGGAGUUUUCCCAUCUGCUUCUGUUGUCCGUCUUUGAUUGUGUUGAUGAUACAAAACUUGUGAAACAGGUGAUCUUGUCAGAAAUUGCCAGCUCAAUGAAUUCUAUUGUCAGCAACAAGUAUGGCAAAAAGGUUCUUCUCUAUCUUUUGAGACCCCGGGAUCCAGCCCAGUUUGUACCAGAGAUUGUGAAACUCCUGCAAACCGGAGAUGGAAAUGCACAUAGUAAGAAAGAUGUGCAAAUAAGACAACGUGAGCUUUUGGAAGCAGUGUCUUCACCUCUUCUGAAGUAUUUUCUUGAAAAUACACGUGACAUGGUGAUGGAUAAAUCAAGUUGUGUAUUGGCAACCAGCAUCCUGGGUUUUGCCCUGGGGGAUCUACAGCCAGCUAUGAAUUCUGUUGCAGAUUUAGCAGCAGAGACUUUUGUCCCAGGUGGUGUAGACGGAGAGCUUCACAUAGUGGAGCACCCAGCGGGACACCUGGUGCUCAAAUGGUUAAUUGAGCAAGAAUCUGAGGAGCAGGUUGAGAGAGAGCAGUCUUUCUCAAGAACUUUGGUGGAUCGUGUUGGGAUGGAGAAACUGAAGACUUGGGCCACCGUGAACCGUGGAGCCAUUGUUCUUUGUUCCCUUCUUCAGAGCAAGGAUGAAAUUAUUAUAGACAAACUGAAGGCUGAACUAAAACCUCUUUCAGCCAAAUUGGGGAAAAUUAAGAAUGCAAAAGGUGUGGAGGUAUUGUUGGAAAAGAUCAGAAGCUUUUGAGUUUAAGAGAGACUACAAUGCCAGGACUAGUAACUCAUGAUUAUAUGUUCUCUAUAACCUCAGUCUUAUUUCUUUUGUAGAAAGAAUAAAAAUAACAUUGAGAGUGAAAACUGCUGGUUAUUUACAUAUUUGGAAAUUUAAGUGUAAAAAUAUUUUAUGGCUUCGAACCAAACAUUUUUAUUAUUUACUUCACCAUUGUUCAUCCUAAUCAUAAUUGUUUUUGUUGGGUAAGAUGAAAUAAUUAUGCUAAAUUUAUGUUCUGGCACAGAUGUUCUCGGGGCAGACACAGACUGCAGACAAAUGUGGGGAGUACUCAAAGUUAACUAUUUUUGUUCUAUUUAUAAAUAGCAGAGGACCCCCCCACACACACACACUGCUUAAAACUUGAUAAUUUCAGUACAUUCUGGAAAAUCGACUUUAAUAAAGAAAAAUAUUUUAUUACUAGUGGUGCCUUACUGCAGAGAGAGAGAGAGUGAGAGUAUAUGUAAUAAGUGACACAUAAUGUUUAUGAAGUCAUUUGCAGUCUACUUUUUAACAUUCUAUUGGAAUCACAUCUAAAGUUAAUGGCCCUGCCAACCUAAUAUAAGUGUCAUAGUGGUUCAUCUGUGUUUUUAUGCCUUGUCGAUUCAGUGUAAUCUUUUUCAAUGGAGUAUAUUUAAAUAAGUUGGAACAAUUUAACAAAAUACCUAACUUUAUUGUGCAGACAGCACGUUUUGAUUUUACUACACUAUUUAACAGACAAAUGCAUUCUGUUUACUGUAAGUGUUCAAGUCAGUAGUAUUAACACAGAGGUGUUUAAGUGUAAACUAGCUUAAUCCUUGAAUGGAUUUUUUUUUUUUUUUUGCUAUGAAUGUUUAAUAUGAGAAAACAUUGCUUUGUGAUUCAUUAUUGUCACCUGUUACACAGUGCUCCUAUGUACUGUAUGUGUGUGAAGGUUAUAAUUUUAAUAAUAAAUUUUAAUAAUAUGACAGUAGCAUUGAAGAAAGGAGCCUACACCAUAUUUAAUGCAUUGACUGCGUUAUGUUAAAAACCUUGUUUUUUAUAGUAUUAAAUACCAAAUAAAAAGGUUAUAAUUUCA